UUUGCAGCAGGAAACACUCAUGUAGAGGGAGACGCCGACAUGACCCGGGUUAAUCCCAAAUUUGGGUUUUAUUUGGACAUAAUACUCUUGGCUAACUUUGCUAAAAUGAACUUCAGUGCUCCCUGAAUUCGGACUCACAGGUGUUUUUAUUGGUUUACUGUGGCGCGUGGAACCAAAAUGGUGUCGAGUUUCAACAGGUAAACUUAGUGAAAGCGGUUCACAGUGGCUUUGGAAUGGGCUCGGUAACUUCUGCCCUAACACGGACCAGGAACGCCUUGGUUAAAGUGGGUUCGGAACCAGAGAACCAUGACCCGGAGAGGAGCCAGUCGGCCCCGGAGUCGGACCGAGCCAGGAAGAAGGGCAGCCGGUUCAACGUGUCCAUCCAGACCGGCAGGCAGAGCUCCAGGCAGUCCCUGUCCGAGGUCCUGAACCGGCAGGACUCCGACAGACAGAGCUCCAAGAAGAAGGCUCCAGAAGGGCCACACACCGUGGCAAAUGAAGACGGGGACAGCUCCACCAGGCCACAGGCCAGUUUUGCACGCUCAAAGUCCCAGAGUGCUUUGUGGAAUGCCAUCACAGCAGGGAUGGGGAUCAAAGGUAAAGAGCAGAAGGCCCCCCUCAAUGACCCACGAAGUCCUGAAGAGAUUCUGGCUGACGAUCUUCCUGCAGCUGACGAACCAGAUGCCACUGAGAAAACUGCUAUCAGAUUAAGAUGUCUGGUGAAGCAACUGGAGAGAGGAGAGGCUUCGCUCGCUGACCUUAAGAAGAACCUCGAGUAUGCCGCAUCUGUGCUGGAAUCUGUUUACAUUGAGGAGACGAGGCGUUUGGUUGACACAGAGGAUGAGCUCAGUGACAUCCAGUCGGAGUCGGUACCGUCGGAGGUGCGGGAUUGGUUGGCCUCCACCUUCACUCGACAGAUGGGCCUGAUGCUGCGACGGAACGAGGAGAAGCCCCGAUUCCGCAGCAUCGUCCACGCCGUUCAGGCUGGCAUCUUUGUAGAGAGGAUGUACCGACGCACCUCCAAUAUGGUGGGACUCAGCUACCCCUCUUCUGUUAUAUCUGUGCUUAAGAAUGUUGACAAGUGGUCAUUCGACGUGUUCGCUCUAAACGAAGCCAGCGGCGAUCAUGCCCUUAAAUUCAUAUUCUAUGAGUUACUCACAAGAUAUGACCUCAUCAGUCGCUUCAAGAUCCCAAUCUCUGCAGUGGUGUCAUUCGUGGAAGCACUAGAAGUGGGAUACAGCAAACAUAAAAACCCCUACCACAACCUGAUGCACGCUGCCGAUGUCACGCAGACCGUACACUACUUGCUGCUCAAGACAGGCAUGGUGCACUGGUUGACUGAAUUGGAGAUCUUUGCCAUGAUCUUUGCAGCAGCUGUGCACGACUACGAGCACACGGGGACCACAAACAACUUCCACAUCCAGACAAGGUCAGACACAGCUAUCUUGUACAAUGAUCGCUCAGUGUUGGAGAGUCACCAUGUCAGCGCCGCCUACCGCCUACUGCAGGACGACGACGAGAUGAACAUCCUCUAUAACCUCUCCAAGGAUGACUGGAGAGAACUGCGAGCUCUGGUGGUGGAGAUGGUUCUGGCCACAGACAUGUCCUGUCACUUCCAGCAAGUCAAGGCCAUGAAGAACUUUUUGCAACAACCUGAGGGCAUUGACAAGCCCAAAGCCCUGUCCCUGCUCCUGCACACAGCAGAUAUCAGCCAUCCAGCCAAAAGCUGGGACCUCCACCACCGCUGGACCACCUCCCUACUGGAGGAGUUCUUCAGACAGGGGGACAAAGAGGCAGAGCUCGGGCUCCCGUUCUCUCCUCUCUGUGACCGAAAGUCCACAAUGGUUGCCCAGUCCCAGAUCGGGUUCAUCGACUUCAUUGUGGUGCCCACCUUCACUGUGCUGACAGACAUGAUGGAACGUAUUGUCACACCGCUCAUCGACGAGGCCACCCAUUCAGGUCUUGCAGGCUUUCGACGCUCAAGUCUGAACAGUAUUAGCUCGGAGGACGCCAAGAGGCACAGCGUGAAGAGCAUGGGCUCCGACAGCAGCGCAUCAGGCCAGAGCUCUUUGCUGACAGUGGACAUGAAGAACUUCAAGGCGCUAUGGAACGAAGAGGUUUAUCAGAACAGGGAGAGAUGGAAAGCACAGGCUGCUAAAGAGGCAGAAGAGCGGGCUAAAAGGGAAGCGGAGGAGCAGGCCCAGCAGGACGAGGAGACUAUGGAGCCCCAGGAGGUCCACGUGGAACCAGAACAGCCUGAGCCAAAGGAGGACGAUCUGGAGGGGGAGGCGUCGGAGCCGGCGGAGGUCAGCAGACCGGCAGACGGCAACGGAGACCAAACCGAGCCAGGAUUAGAGCCUGGCAGCGCCAUCCACAAGAACCCACUCCUACAGAAUGGAGAGUUGUCUGAAGGGGCUGAAUCUCCAGACAGUGUAGAAAACAAGAACAAAACAGUCGAUGCUGAGAUAAUGGAGUAGACGACCUGCCCAGUGUCUCCACCACACCGUUUCAUAUCUGCUGCACCACCGCCUAAACCUACUUUCACCCGGAUGGGAGAAGUCUGACUCACGUUGGAGGGAGAGCUACUCAUGGGGCUUUGUCACCCUCUGCAGGACAACAAGAAUAUGACACCUUCAAUUCCUCUUCAUGUCUUCUUUUUUUUUUUUUUUUCUUCCUCCCCAUGUUUAUUCUCCCUGGAGCUUGCGGCUCUACCCGUGUGCAUUAUUAUUAUUCCUCUUUUCCUGCUAUAAUUCCUACAAACUAUUUCAUAGCUGCAACAGUGAAGAGGAGGAGCCUUUCAAAGACUGACACUGAAAAUGUUGCUUUUGUUUUUUUUCAUUUGACAAUAUUUAACCUCACUUCAACUUGUGUGUUUAGCUUAGCCGCCAACAUGUAGCCAUUGUACAGAUCCUAUAUUUUACUUUCCUGUUUGCAGAUUUAACACAGAAUAGAGCUGCCACGCGGUUUAUACAGUAUAUUAUGUGUACAGUACAUGACGGAAACUCGUACUAACAAGUCGUAAACACACUUGUUUAAUGUAGAAAAGUCCAAAAAUCACUGAUUAUGCUUCUACUUUCUCCCUGUGCUUUACAAGCUCCUGCUGGGGGUCUCUAAUGUCCACUGAUGCUACUAAAAUGUCUUCUUACCACCAUUUGUGGCUCAGAUUUUCAACUUGUUUACUUCAUGCUUCCCUUGGACUUUACGCGUUUUUUUUAAGGCUGUUGUGUUUAUAUCGUUCUCUGUGUUCGUCCUCUCGACUGUUGAACAUUUGUACACGCACAGACCUGAGGAGGAGCAGAAAUACUACAGCCCAUAUUUUUGGAUAUAAUGUAAGAUACGGUAGUGAAAAAUUAGAACGUGACUUUUGCAUUUCAGACAUAUCACAGGAAUACAUUGAAGUUUUUGUAAUAUAUACACUCUUUUGUUUACCUUUUUCAUAACGUUGUUUUGUUUCCUACGAACAUGUGUCUGAUUUCCUCGGUCACUGAUUUUUCGUGUCCUCGUUGUGCAUUUCACUGUCAAAAAAACACUUCUCGAUGCCUUCUUAUGUGUAUUUAAGCUGUAGCAAAAUGUCAAUAUCGUUGCUCCAUUAGAGAUAAUUCUUCCAUAGGUAUUUUUUUUGCUAGUUUUUUCAUCUUUUACGUUUAAUCGACGUGUUUACAAUAUGCUCAUUUGACUAUUACCCAGCUGAACCCACCAGGCUUUCGUGAUGGCUACGAGUCCAAAGUGUAUCCACUUCCUGUUUUUUUAAGGCUUGUAACGUUGUGUAUAGACAAUGCAAAUAUCGCUUACUGUGCAUUAAAUAACAUAUUGACCUUCUGCAGUGCUGCUUCAGCUUUUACUAUAUAGUCGUAACUGAAAGGAAAGAAGCAUUUUGGCAGUAUUUGCAUAAUAUGUUUUACUAAACGUGCACUUUUUUCUCCUUAAUUUUAAACUUUUAGUAUGAAAAAUCACUACAUUCAGCAGGCGUGUGUAGACUUCUAAAUAAAGUAAUAUGUGUAUAUAUGGGGCUCAAAAAGGGAAAAUAAUUUAACAUUUAAAAAUUUAUAUAAAUAGUAAUUAUUGAACCAUGUGGAUUCUUUUCAGUGUCUUUGUUUGGGAAAAAAAAUAAAUAAGAGAAACCCCGGUUUUAUAUGACAGAGUGAACAUGCUGGGUUAUACUGGUUUUCACACAAUGGAACCAUGCUACUUUCUACCUAAAAAAAAAAAAAAUACAAUAAAAAAUACAGUCAGUGGUUAGCAAGCCAGCUGGCGGAAUGUGUGCCUAAUAUAUAUAUCCUUCAAUUUAACAUUCUUCACAUGUAGGAAAAUGAGUUUUUGUGAUGUCAUGUUAAUCCAGGUACAGUCGAUGGACCGAGUAAAACUCCUCCUGUUAUUACACUUUGAAGACUUUUAUUUUCACCACAGUCUUUCUGUAAAGUCAGGAGUUCGAUGUUGCAGAGUGAAUAGUAUUUCCAAUAGUAUAUUUAUGGUAUAUUCUGCUUUUUUUCCUUAACAAUCUGAAAGGUUUUUUUUAGCUGUUUUUGUGCAGUUAGUGUUAGUGUGUGUUUUAUGUUAACUGGCUCAUUUUUUGACUCCGAAAGUACACCUUUCAGCCUUUUCUUGUUCAUUUUGUCACUCCUCUGUGUGUGUGUCUGUUCGAUAUGUUUGAUUCCACCAGCUCUGAAGUCAGUAAAAAAAUUUAAAGUGGCUCAAAAACUGUAAAUUUAAAGCGUAAUUAAAGUAAAUUAGCAAAUUAGAUUUAUAAAUAGAACUACAUAUACAGAAAAGCAACUGCAUCCUUCAAAUAGCCUGCCUGAUACUUGGUGAAGCAGAAUCUAUUUUCUCUACCAAGGGACCAACAUAUGUACAGUCUUGUAGUUUGCUCUAUCUUUCACUUGCUACUGUGAUAGCCUACUGUAUGAAUAUUUAACAGGAAUUUAUACCAACCAUAAUCAGAAACAUAGCUGUAUUUAUGACAUGUAAAGACUUCUAAACAUGGUGUUUUGUAAUGGUUACUAUGGGACAGAUUAUUUGUUGUUUGUUUAAUGCUUUGUUUCCUUGUUUAGUCUGAUCUCAAACUGUUUUAGUGACUGAACGUAGACGGAUGUAAAGUAUGUGUGUGUGAGCGUAUGUGUGUGAGCAUGUGUGUGCGUGUGUGUGUGUGCGUGUGUGUGUGUGUGUGUGUGUGUGUGUGUGUGAAACUGCCAGAAAAUACUUAAUGUGCAUUUCUGAUCUCCUCACUGUGACCUGCUCUAUCAAUGAGUGUGUGUGGAAGUGAGUGUGUGAGAGAGAGAAAAUGUUGAAGAAGCAACAAAGCGAUGCAGUGGAUCUUCUAACUAACCAAACACAUAUGAACAAAUAAGAACUUCUUUUCUUCUUAAAGGAUCCAACUGUUCUAUAUUUUUCUAUCCCCAUCAGGCUGAAUAUGUUUACAUUCUAUUAAUCUGAAGAUCAAAUCACUACUGGUUAUGCACCGGAUCAAAUGUCAGUUUUUCUGCUAAAUCAGGAAAGCAGGAACACUGACCUGACUGAACCUUCCACUACAUCCCUGAACUGACAGAUGGAAUGCGAGACAGUGAAUCGGCAUGAAUGUGUGUGCGUGUGUGUGUGCGCAUGUAUGUGCAUGCACAUGUGUGUCACUAUCCCAUGCUGGCCAAGCGGCCGCAUGUGCCACCAUGCUAUGUGACUGCACAGCCGUAUCAAUAAAUCUGGACUCAAAGGGCUCA